GAAUAGAAUGAGUCCAUCCAAUACCUUUUUCGGAAUCUGACCAGUCAAUCCAGCCGGGCCCCUUAUAAUCUUUGAAUUGAAUUCCUCACCCAAAUGUCGUACUAAUAUCACCGGAGUAAAGAGUUGAUAUGAUGAUAUAUAGAUACAAAGAAUGAUUCGUUGAGGAGAUCAGAUGUAAAUUGAUACGUAACUCAUCAAUUAAUUUCUAUGGGGCAAGUUCUUCAGUCGGCCGUGAUUAACUCGAUCUUUGAAUCCAGCAUAGUCGGUCAUCCGAGAAGACGAGCGAUAACAGGGCACGGUCGAGUAGAUUAGAAGGAAUGUUUGUGGGGCCGUGUUGUGCCUCAUUUUCUGGAACAAACGUCCAUAUGAUCAUACAAUAGCAAUUCAGUCAAACUUCACCCCUGCAGUCUAAUUCUGUUCAGAUUCUUCUUAUAAUCAAAUCCUUCCGUCUCCAUCAUCCCCUUCUCUUCACCAAAUACCAUUGUCUUUGAAACCUUUCUACGUACUCAUGGAAGAUCCGAGCACGAUGAAACAGUUCUUUCUUGGUCUACUCAUGCUUGCCCUUCUCGCUCGGCUUGCCUAUCCCCAGCAGACGUACAUGGGCAACUCAGUCCUAGCCUGCAAUGCGGAUGACAGGAUGGACCCAUCCUCGGACUUUCUAUACACCUGCAAUGGCCUGAACCAAGCCUGCCUGGCUUUCUUGAUCUUCAAGUCACAGCCACCCUUCGAUUCCGUCCCUGCCAUCUCAGCCCUCAUGUCCUCAGACCUUGAUGAGCUUGCUAGGAUCAAUAACGUCACGAGACUAACCGUCUUCCCUCCAAACAGGGAAGUGAUUGUCCCAGUGAACUGCUCCUGUUCGAGACGGUACUACAAGGCAAUGACGAGAUUUCAUGUUACGGACAAGGGUGCUGGAGACAACUUCUUCACUGUGGCUAACAGCACUUUCCAGGGACUGGCCUCCUGCAAUUCUCUGAAGCAGGCAAGCUCGAAGUACGAAGGCAACGAGCUUAGAGUUCCGCUCAGGUGUGCUUGUCCGACAAAGAAUCAGAGCUUAAGUGGCACAAGGUACUUGCUCACCUACUCGAUCUCCUGGGGCGAUACAAUUCUAGGAAUCAGUGACAGAUUCAAUGCUACUGUUGAGAGCACAUUCGAAGCAAACGGGCUCUUGGAUGACAAUCCCACGAUUUUCCCAUUCACGACGAUUCUCGUUCCUCUGAGGGCUAAACCAUUGAGUUCGCAGAUGAGAGUUUCAUUCCAUGGACCAGGACAGGCUCAUCCGCCUCCACCAGCUCCUGUUUCCGUGAAUCGCAAAUUGAAUAUUAAAAUCUUCUUGGGCUUCGGAAUUUCAGCAAGCUGCAGCCUUGUACUUGCCGUGGUUCUAUUCUCGGCGUUUCAGUUGUACAAGAAGAGGCAGCAAAGAAUAUUGGAUCACAGCAUUGUAUAUGAGGAAAGAAAGAGGAAAAUGUUAUUGCCAGCAGAUCUCCGGGUUGAGAUUGCGAGCCUAGAGGGAGUCCUGAGGAUAUUUUUGUUCGAAGAGUUGCAGAAGGCAACGAGAAAUUUCAGCUCCACGAACAGGAUCGAGGGAUCGGUCUAUCUAGGAACAUUCGGGCAGGAAACCUUGGCAGUGAAGAAGAAAAGUGUGGACAACGUCUCCGAGGAAGUGAACAUACUAAAGAAGAUCAACCACUUCAAUCUCAUACGGCUCCGGGGCUUCUGCAAUGGAAUGAAUGGUUGUUUCUACCUUGUUUUCGAGUUCAUGGGCGGUGGGUCCCUGAAGGAAUGGCUUAAGGACAACAGGAGCUCUAGGAAGAUCAAAUCCUGGAGGCAGAGGAUUCAGAUUGCCUUAGAUGUUGCCAAUGGGCUCCACUAUCUCCACAACUUCACCGAACCUGGCUAUGUCCAUGGCGACAUUACUAGCAGCAACAUUCUCUUGAAUCCUGACCUCAGAGCUAAGAUCGUGAAUUUCAGCCUCGCAAAGGCCAAGAGUGAAAUUGCUUCCUCAGAAGGGGCGGGGCCCAUGACCACCAAGGUCGACGUAUAUGCCUUCGGGAUAGUGAUGUUGGAGCUGAUCACAACGAAAGACCUGGCUUUCUCAAGGAAUGGGAAGAAAAUUUUGCUUUCAGAGCGAGUUUUCUCUGUCGGAGAAGACGAAAUCUGGCCCUUUAUCAAUCCUAGCCUAGGAAAGGCUGCAAAGGAAUUGGUGGCGAAGAUGGUGAAGUUGAGUCUCACUUGCUUGGCACCAGAACUGGAGAAUAGACCGGGAAUGGACGAGGUAGUGUCGGUGCUGCUGAGAAUUCAGGCAGGUUUUCCGAGUUCCAAAUUGGAACCAUCAUCUGUAAACACUGCCAGCGGUAAGAAGAGGUGAUAACUAGUGAUCUCUUAUUUUUAACUAGCCAUCUUAAGAAAGGAUGCUCAGGUUUCUGAUGAGUGCUGCUGUCAUCCGACAGAGUGUUCUUUUUUCUAAUUUCGUGUGAUCAGUGUGAUCUUGCAGACGAAAUAUGUUCUUGUGCUUCAGUUGUAUAAUCUCUAAUAAAAGAAAUUUUCUC